UCAAAAAAUAUUUGUAAAAAUAAAUUUUAGACAUUCAAUUGCCCAAAAUAUUGAAGAAAUGGAGGAAGGAGCAAACAAACUUUCAUUCUUUCCAAAUAUUAAAGACUACAAAACUCGAAAAGAAAUUGAAAAAAUUUUGUUAGAAAUGAGACAACCUGACGAUAAAGGACGUUUGGAUGAAGAAAAUUUUAUGGAAGCAACGAGGAAUUUGUUAAAAAGUUUGGGAAGGACUCAGGUACCCUCAAAUGUUUCCAAAGUUUUGGAUGACCCAAAAAUCAAUUCAUCUUGUAAUGUCUCCAAAUAUUCAAAAUCUUCUACUUUUAAUUUAUUUUGGCUUUUUUGCUCAGCUUUAAAUAAAUUUAUUUCGAAAUAUGGCCAUAUGCCUAUAUCUGGACAACUUCCUGAUAUGACUAGUGAUUCUAAAAGAUAUGCUCUAUUGUUGGGGAUUUACAGAGAAAAAUCAUUUGAAGAUGCUCAAUUAUUUUAUAAUAUAAUUAAAGAAAUGACUGAAGAAGAAGAGGAAAAUAAUGGAGAGGAAGGAGGAGGAGAUAAUGAAGAAAAUUCCAAUGUAACAACAGAUGAAGAAGAAUUAUCUAGAAUGUCAACUUCAGAAUUUAAUGAACAACAACAAAUUGAUAAUAAUUUACUUAAAAAAAGAAUUAGUGUAUCUAUGGAAAGUAUGGAUGAUUAUGAUGAUGAUGAUAAUGAAGUUGAAGGAGGAGGAAAUGGUUCUUAUGGAGAAGACUUCUCUACAGCCCAUUCAUUAAUGGAAACUUCAAAAGAAUUUAGUGAGGAACAUUUACCUAAAAUUACAUUAGAACAAUGCAAAAAUUUUUGUAAAAAUGCUUCAAAAAUUGCUGUUCAAUAUGGGACUUCGCUUAGCUCUGAAUUUAAUGGAAAUAUUUUAAAGUCAUUACUACAAAAAAUUGAACCGCCCAAACUAGACGAACUUCCCCCAGUUGUUGACCCUUUAACUUGGUAUAUACUUUUGAGAGUUGUUGAUCGAUUUCAAGAAGUUAAUGGACGUGUUCCUAAAGAAGAAAGUGAUCUACGAGAAAUGAAAAGAAUUUUGGGGGAAUUGUUGGGAGAAACUAAGGACCCAGAAUUAAUCAAAAAACAAGAACAAUUAUUCCCUGAUCAAAUAAUUGAAGAAAUUUGUCGUUUUGUUGCUUCAGAAUUGCAUGUUAUUUCAGCUAUUAUAGGGGGUGUUGCUGCACAAGAGGCAAUAAAACUUUGUACAAAUCAAUAUAUUCCUGUAGAUAAUAGUUUAAUUUAUGAUGGAAAUUCACAAAAUGCUACAAGUUUUAAAAAUUGA